CAACAAUCCCAUUUUUCUCACCUCUUCUACCCUAUACUUCUCUCAGACAGCCAUGUUGUUCCCCCGUGUCAUCCCUGCCUUUCUCUUGGCCCUGCCUCUCCUUGCCUCCGCCGGCGAAACUGGUUGCACCACAGGCGAACUCCAGUGUUGCCAACAAGUCCAGAGCGCUGACUCGGACGUUGUCUCGACCCUCUCCGGCCUUUUAGGUAUCGCUCUGGGAGCUCUAGGUCUCGACGUUGGUAUUACCUGCUCCCCCAUCAGCGUCAUCGGUAUUGGAGGCAACAGUUGCUCUGCUCAGACCGUCUGCUGCUCGGGAAAUUCCUUCAACGGUCUCAUCGCCCUUGGUUGCACUCCCAUUAACAUUGGUCUCUAGUAGAGAAUUUAGGGUUUCAUAGUCGUUUCAUUGGGAUAUGGACAAAAACACGUACCGAAGCAUGACCAGUUAGUUAGCGCUCUGCUGUGCAAUUUCCUAAUGCAUCAACGGACUAUUUUCUUGGAAAAAGAUGGCAUUCCUGUGAGCAUACAAGUCUUCUGCGACCUUGAGACAAGAAGCUAUACAUGAUUGUGGCCUGAACCCAAUAUUCGAGCCGACAUACGCCAUGCAUAGCAAGUUGGAGAUAUUUUGUCUAUGUCAUGAACUUGAAGCAUUUGAUGCGCUUCGCACCGCCUGUUCGCAAUAGCAUGGAUACAGGCACAGAAGUGCAUGUAGCCUAUAAGCCGAUCAGUGGUCGUACAUACU